GACUCCAAACCAAUUGAACAGUGUCGAUUAGCAUCGGUUGUGUAAAAGCUAUUCCGAUUGGCUGGCCCACUAGCAAAGAGGCGUUACUUCCUGAAUAAUCUGUUCCCCGGUCUUUGGCACUUCUACGCCACGUGAGGUUCCAGACCGACUCCUAACAUCACUGUCUUUGUCGUGACGUCAAACGUCAGCCUGCCAUAUCGCUAACAUUAGCAAGAUGCCGCGCGGAGGAAAGCAUGAGGUGGAAGAUGAGGAGGUGGAGGAGAAAGGCAAGGAAUCAGAAAAAGUGGUGAAGAAAGGAAAAAAGGACAAGAAAGGAAAAAAAUCGUUUUUUGAGGAGCUGUCUGCUGAUAACAAGCAGGCUCAGGAAGAGGAGGCUGCAAAGGAACUAGAAAAAGAGAAGGAGCUGCAACAGCAACAGCAAAAAAAGCGAGAGAAAAAGAAAAAAGAUCGGCGCAAGCAAAAAGGAGAUGAUGAUGAAGAAGAAAAAGAGAUUGCAGAGAGGCUGAAAAAGCUAUCCGUUCAAGCGAGUGAUGAAGAACCAGAUGAGGCGCCUGCUCCCAAAGGUGGGAAGAAGCAGGGAAGUAAUGUCUUUGCAGCUCUAGGAGAGGAUCAAAGUGAUGAAGAAGAGGAAGAGCAGAUAUCCAACAAAGAGAGUAGCAAGAAACAAGAGGCGGAUGAGAAAAAACAAAAUAAAGGGAAAAGAAAUGGGAAAGGCAAACAAAAGGUUCCUGAAGAAAAAGCACAAAGUGAGGAGGAUAUUCCUAAGGAGAAAUCAAAGGGCAAAAAACCCGUCCCCAAGGCUGCUCCUGUUGAUUCUGAUGCAGAAGAUGAGAAAAAACCCGAGAAGAACAGUAAGAAAUCAAAACCAAGCCAGAAACCUGUCCCCAAGGCUACUUCUGUUGAUUCUGAUGCAGAAGAGGAGAAAAAACCCGAGAAGGGCAGUAAGAAAUCAAAACCAAGCCAGAAUCGGUUUGGGGCCUUAGACAUAGAAGAAGAUCGUGUCAGUGGAGAAUCAAAUGAAGGGUCAGGUGAUGAAGAGGGUGAGACGGAAGAAAAGACAGCUGCUGAAGAUCCUUUUGCCAAUCUAAGCAAAAAGGAGAAAAAGAAGAAAAAGAAAAUGCUGGAAUAUGAGAAACAGGUGGCUACUAUGAAGAAGGCAACUGCUGCAGAAAACGACUUCUCUGUGUCGCAGGCAGAACUGUCAUCACGACAAGCCAUGCUGGAAAAUGCAUCCGAUAUAAAGCUGGAAAAAUUCAGCAUCUCUGCCCAUGGGAAGGAGCUGUUUGUUAAUGCAGACUUAUAUGUGGUAGCAGGCCGGCGCUAUGGAUUGGUUGGGCCUAAUGGGAAAGGCAAAACAACUCUCCUAAAACACAUAGCAAACAAGGCUUUGAACAUACCCCCAAACAUAGAUGUCUUACUGUGUGAGCAAGAGGUUAUUGCUGAUGAAACACCUGCAGUUCAGGCUGUGCUUAAAGCCGAUAAAAAGCGACUGAAGCUGCUAGAGGAGGAGAAACGCCUGCAAGCCCGACUGGAGAAGGGGGAUGACAAUGCUGCCGAAAGAUUAGAAAAGGUGUAUGAAGAAUUACGAGCUUCAGGAGCUGCAUCUGCAGAGGCCAAGGCUCGCAGGAUUCUUGCUGGUCUCAGCUUCACACCAGAAAUGCAGGAUAGGGAAACUCGGCGAUUUAGUGGAGGUUGGAGAAUGAGAGUCUCUUUGGCCAGAGCUCUUUUCAUGGAGCCAACUCUACUGAUGCUGGAUGAACCUACCAAUCACUUGGAUCUCAAUGCUGUUAUCUGGCUUAACAAUUACCUCCAGGGCUGGAAGAAAACCCUUCUAAUUGUGUCCCACGACCAGGGAUUUUUAGAUGAUGUCUGUACAGAUAUAAUGCACCUGGAUUCACAAAAAUUGUAUUAUUAUCGAGGGAAUUACAUGACAUUUAAGAAAAUGUACCAGCAGAAACAGAAGGAAAUGCAGAAACAGUAUGAUAAGCAAGAGAAAAAACUCAAAGACCUAAAAGCAGGAGGGAAGUCGGCUAAACAAGCGGAGAAACAGACAAAAGAGGUACUAACUCGGAAGCAGCAGAAGUGUCAGAAGAAAAACCCUGACAAGGAAGACCAUGAGCCUGCUGAAUUACUGAAGAGGCCCAAGGAAUAUACCGUGAAGUUCACGUUUCCAAACCCACCUCCACUCAGCCCUCCAAUCUUGGGUCUGCAUGGUGUGGAUUUUGGUUAUUCAGGGCAAAAGCCGCUGUUCAGAAACUUGGAGUUUGGGAUAGACAUGGACUCUAGAGUGUGUAUUGUGGGUCCCAAUGGAGUAGGGAAAAGUACUCUGCUCUUGCUGCUGACUGGUAAACUUACCCCUACCAAAGGAGAAAUGAGAAAAAAUCACAGACUGAAAAUUGGAUUCUUUAACCAGCAGUAUGCAGAUCAGCUAACCAUGGAGGAGACGGCUACAGAAUAUCUACAACGCAAUUUCAAUCUUCCAUAUCAAGAUGCACGCAAAUGUCUGGGAAGGUUUGGUCUAGAAAGCCAUGCACACACCAUCCAGAUCUGCAAGCUGUCAGGUGGGCAGAAAGCUAGAGUGGUUUUUGCUGAACUGUGUUGCAGAGAACCUGAUGUAUUAAUUUUAGAUGAACCCACGAAUAACCUAGAUAUUGAAUCAAUAGAUGCUCUUGCCGAAGCAGUGAAUGAAUAUAAAGGAGCGGUUAUCACGGUGAGCCACGAUGCCCGGCUUAUUACGGAGACAAACUGUCACUUGUGGGUGGUAGAGGACAGGACAGUGAAUCAAAUAGAUGGUGAUUUUGAUGACUAUAAGAGAGAAGUCUUGGAGAGUCUGGGAGAAGUGAUGGUGAACAAACCACGGGAGAAGGAGUAAGAAGAGCAACACAUAAGAGAAGUCAAACAAAGGAAUUCUGAGAUGAGAAAGUGUUCUACUUCCUUGCCACAACCUGCUCUAAAGACCUGAGCUGCUGCAUUGGAAUGGGUGUGCAGAACUCAUUUUUAUUACUAUUUUGCUUCCUAAAGAAUAUUAAAUAUUUAUAUAAUGGC